AUGCCGUACCCUCAGUUCCCAGACCUUAUGAAGACAAACAUAGCCAAUCUUCAGUGUGAGCGUGGCCUCUAUGGUGUUAGUGAUGCUACUUUCCGCAUAGCUAACGUAAUAUACGAGGACCUCGAUCAUUUUCUCCUAGUGGUGUUUGUUGUGGUUCCUGCCUCAAUAUCUCAUAGUGUCUCUCCUAGUUCCCCGGCUAUGGACUCUGAGCUGGACGCUACAUCUGGCGAUGCCGCGUGCAGUGAGGCCGAGUACGAGUGGGAAAGAUUGUCAUGGGAGGAACGAGUGAAAGAUUUGACGGGACAGUUAACGAAUGGAAGGACAUGGGAAGAAAUGGAGUCAAUAGUGAGCGAGUUUCGCGAUUAUGAUAACAGAGCUGUCCCAACCAUACUUCAUCACCUGUCGAAGGACAAGUUUGCACAUGGAUUCUACGACCUUCCUGAGUCUACGCGCGACUGCAUCCUUGAUUCUCUCCUUCGAGAUCAUCUGGAAGAGCAAAGCGCAACUGCAGACCACGUUCAGGCCAGUACAAUAGGGAAGGAUAAGCACCCUUAUCCCAUUCUCACUAUUGCCCUCGAAAAUAGCAAUACUGGGUUCCUUAACACCAUCGCGACUCGUUUUCAGCACCAUUUGCCACACCUUCUCAAGAUCUCCCAUAAAGGUGAUGGUCGCAACCCACUACACGAGGCAUUUUCAAUCCUUAUUUGGUGGUGGCAGAAGGAUAUGGGUCGGGUUAAGCGCAGCAGCUACAGGCAGGCAAAGGAGACAGAGUUGGAAAUGCUCACGCUGAUCAUCCAAAAGUGGGUCGAACUGGCCCCAGAUUCGGCCAUCGCGGCAAAAGACGAUCAUGGUAAUACUCCUUUGCAUUAUGCAAUGCAUUAUAACCUAUGCUACUACUUGAACUCGAAAGUCUACCGACCAGUCGUUGUCGCUCUAAUCGACAGGAGCCUCUGUCGCCGGAUGCAGGUCGAGGAUCAACUGAACGGAGUUGGCAAAUCUCCCUACCUAGUUUAUCUCGAGAGUGAAGCCGAUUUCGCUGAGAAGAGACGUACUUCAUCUUUUUGGAUGCCUGAUACAGCGAAAAUAGCUUCUGGGUCGAAGUCAGAUCGGCUGGAACUCGGACUCGAAGGGAAAAGGGCGGAAGAAAAAAGAAAGACGGGUGAAGAUACAAAAAGUAGAAAGACGCAGGAAGUGUUCAAGCCGUCCCAUAUGCCUUCGCAUUCAGAGUUUCCCACAUUCGACAAGGUCACAGUGCCGCCUCAUUCGACACAAAACCCACAGUGUGCCCAGGAUAACAGUAAGGCUACAGGACCGGCGUAUACCCCACAGUUCCCAUCGCCGAUGCCGCGCUCAAGUGCGACCAAAGAGCUGACACCCAAUCAAAUACAGCUAGAUGAAGCUGACGACAAAAUCAGAAGGCAGGCUGCAGAUUCAAUUCGGCAGUGCCUCAGGAUGUGGUAUAUACGAAACAUGUCCGACGCGGAUGCCAAGAAUUUGCUGUAUGACAAUAUCGCAUCAGACAAGAAUUUGUACUUCGAUGCCACACACCUGAGAGGACGGGGGGCAGCGCAGAUCGUCCAAUUAAUUAAAAAACUAACCCGCGCUGGGGGUUUCGAAGACACUCUGUCCUACGUCAGAAUCCCCCAAGUGUCAGAGCCAGACGGGCUCCCAGAGGCUGCUACUAUAUCCAAUACAGCCAACGAGAAAAGAGGGAUCCAUAGUGCAUCUGGCCCCAAGAAGGCCUUGAUGGGACGCAUUUCACUAAUUUCCGUCUUCGAUGAGCUGGCCCUUGCAGGUGUACGGCACAUUGUACGGCUCCAAGUCGAAGACAACGGCGAUGUCAUGGCCCAUUCAGACGCAGCUAUUGAAAGGGCUAUUACUGGAUCGGAUCACCGAGGCGAGUCAACCUCCUUCGGUACUAGAACCGGGGCCUUGAAUAUAGAAACCUGGUAG